UCCUAAAAUAUAAUCUUUUGGCAAUUACUGUUUUCUACAGAAACCUGAAAAAACUGUGAGGGAAGGGGCCAAAACUCAGGAUAAUGGGUAGUUGAGGCCUUGCUGUCCCCUGCCUUCUGUGACAUCAGAAUUCAUGCUGGAAGGAUGCCUGCUGACCAGAGGUGAGGAGGGCCAUCUUCCUGUCCACUGGGGACACCUUGCGGCACCCAGGCAGCCUGCCUGAGGACAUGGAAUUCCAGCAGACGGACGGCAGGGCGAGGGUGGCAGCUCAACUGUUUGAAGAGAGAAGGGGAAGCCGCUGUGAGGACAAGAAGCAGUUAUUCAAGGAAGAAGAACAGAGGUGGUCCUCUUCUCUCAGAAGAAUGGAAGGAAAACAAAUGUCAACGCUAUUCACAUUGCUGGUCUUGGUGCUGUACUUGGGCACGGGGAUAUCAGGAAGAAGCUGGGAGUUGUACGAAAGAACCAGGGAAUGUAACUACUCCCAGAAUCCUGUGGCUUCCCAGGGGUUUGAGUAUCACACUAGAGAACCCUCUGAAGAGCCAAUAAAGCUCCUCAGGAACUGGCUGAAGAAGAGCUUGCAUGUUUUCUUGGAGAAGUUAGAGGAAGAAGUGCAGGAGCUGGAGCAGCUAGUCCAAGACUUGGAGUUGUGGCUAGAUGCUCUUCUGGGAGAGUCGUACCUGGAAGAACUCUGCUCCAGCCACAAAAAUCCCUUGUGAGGACCAGUCACUGGGAUCUGAGGAGCAGAUGGGAAAAGCAUGCUGAGCUCUGAUAUUUGAAGUUCAGUGCAAGCAAGAAAAUAAAGUUUUUGGGAAAUGGA